ACUUCAUUGACCCAUUGCGUUGCAUUGUGGGCAGGCGGAAAAAGGCUCCAAAAGGUAGAAAGCGACAAACGCACGUUGCAGAGUCGCAGAAGACGAAGAAACAACAACAAAGAAAUCCGCUUUUACGACAGAAACAAGGGAAACGGUUUGAAGAUGUCUAUCGGCGUGCCAAUCAAGGUCCUACAUGAAGCAGAGGGACACAUUGUGACCUGUGAGACCAACACUGGGGAGGUGUACAGGGGAAAGCUGAUUGAGGCCGAGGACAACAUGAACUGCCAGAUGUCCAACAUAACAGUGACUUAUCGCGAUGGCCGGGUGGCACAGUUGGAGCAAGUCUACAUCCGUGGCAGCAAGAUCCGCUUCCUGAUCUUACCUGACAUGUUAAAGAAUGCUCCUAUGUUAAAGAGUAUGAAGAACAAGAACCAGGGAUCUGGCGCAGGAAGGGGCAAGGCAGCUAUUCUCAAAGCACAAGUGGCUGCAAGGGGUCGGGGCCGUGGUGGAAUGGGAAGAGGCAACAUCUUCCAGAAGAGACGAUAAUUUCUCCAGUUUUGUUAAGAUUGUUGCAUUGUAUAGUCUUUUUUUGUCUUUGUUGGAUUGGAUAUAUUGGGUAUUGUUUGCAAUCCUAUGUUUUGCAACUUUUUGCUUUUUAAUUUCAUUUUUUAUGAAAAUAAACAUGUUUCCAAUUUGA